AUGAGCAGCCAGUCUGAUUCUUACGAAGAAAAUGGUAUAAGAAACGAAAGUUCACCUGAGCCAACUCAUUCCGAACCGUCAAAUGAGUUGAACAAUAAGUCUCUGAACAAAAGCGAGAACCAAAGUAAGAUUUCCAAGUUUGACGAAUCCCAGAAAAAAGAUACCUCCAGCAAAAUAUCAGAUCAAAUGCCAAGUGGUUCAAAUGAAACUCUUAGCAAUGUAAUAUCUAGUGAAAAUAUAGAUGAGCCCUUACAUAAAUUCAAAAUACAUGAAGGUGGCCCAUCAGGGAAUAACAGAAAUCCUCACGAUGAAUUAGCUGAGUUAAAUCAAUACAUUGAAAACUAUAAGAUUGAUGCAGUUUCGCCCCUUUCUAAUGAAACACAGACUUUAGCUAGUCCUCAAGAGUCUCCUCCGAUUCCAGAGGUUAUUCCCAAGGGAAAGCCACCUUUUAUCAAGUCAAAGCUACUAGAUCCUAUUGGACGAUAUCCUGACGGUAGGUUUCUAAAUACAAUAUUUCAGAAUUCAGCUAUAAAUAGUAGUAAGAAAGACAAAGCGGAACCAAGAAUUCAAGGAGAAACAAAUCUUUCUAAUUCUUCUAGCUUGCUGAAUGAGAAAGAUCCAAAUUGGUUGCAAAAAAAUAAACAUCGUGUAACAUAUAGUUCAUUAUUUCUACUCAUCUUAUUAUUACUUAGUUGCUUUAUCCCAAUUAUUGUUACUUUAUAUAAUGGUACGCAACAUACUGUUCAUAAUUACUUUAGAAUGCUGAACGAAGAUGAACGUCUGAGAAUGUUUAAGUCUUUGAUUCAUGAUUAUGGAAAUUUAGAUGAAAGCAAUAUCACAAGGAUGUCACGAAACCGAUCCAAAGGUGCUGAUUUAGCAGGUUAUAACACUUUAAAUGGUAUUAAUCCUAAGUAUAGAAAUGAUCCUGAGAUUGUUUCAUUAAUGUCGGACAAAGAAUUUUUUGGAACAAUAUUUUAUGGGCUUGGUUAUGCUCCCAGAGAUGCAAUGGAACCAAGAUGCGGUGUCAGUAAGAGGGAAAUUCUAUUAGAUUUAUCUUUAAUAUCGAAAGUCACAACUAGAAUUAGAAAUUAUGGUAUGCAGUGUAAUCAAUCCGAUUUCAUAUUAGAUUCAAUUCAAGAUCUACAACUCAACAUGACAUUGGCGAUGGGAGUAUGGAUUGGGUCUAAUGAAACUACAAAUGCUCAGCAAAUAACUUGGAUGAAGGAAUUGUUGCAAAAAUAUCCGAGAGAGUUAUUCGAAUGCAUUUUCAUUGGGAAUGAAGUAUUGUUUAGAGAAGAGCAAACUAGCAAAAGCUUAAGCGAGUAUAUUGAAGAUGCAAGGUCGUUUGCACAAGAAAUUGGCUAUAAUGAUUUACCAAUUGGAACGUCAGAAAUUGGCUCGUUGAUUGAUAAAACCUUGCUAAAAAGUUGUGAUAUCAUUGGCGCAAAUGUUCAUCCUUUCUUUUCUGGGGGCGAUGUUGAGACAGCUAGUCAGUGGGCCUUUGACUUUGUCAAGUAUCAAAUUGAACCACUAAAUGAAGGAUAUGACACUGAGAUCAUUAUAACUGAAGUUGGGUGGCCCUAUAAGGGUGGUGAAUAUGAAGCAGCAGUUGCUGAUCCUAAAUCUUUCCAGAUUUUCCUUAAUGACUGGGUAUGUGACGCUUAUGAAAAUAACUAUGGCUGGUAUUACUUUGAGGCAUUCGAUGAACCAUGGAAAAAAAUCUUCUACGAAGAUGGAAAUAAAUGGGAAACUGAAUGGGGUGUUUUUACAAAAAGUAGGAACCAUAAAAAGAAUAUAUUAUUGCCCAAUUGCUAA